AUGCCAAAUGGUACGUCUCCUUACUGGCUUGAAUAUGCUAAAGCUUCUCGCUUGCCGUUUGAAGUUGAGCAUAAGGCGCAAUGGGCCAUAAAGAAGCUGAAUUUGGAUCCGGUAGCUUCGAAAGCAUUAAGGUUAGCUCAACUGAAUGAGCUAGAUGAAUUCUGUCAUGAUUCCUACGAGAAUGCAACAAUCUACAAGGAGAAGACAAAGAAAUGGCAUGACUACAAUAUUGCCAAUCAAAAUUUUCAGGUGGGCCAUAAGGUACUAUUAUUUAAUUCAUGUCUCAAGUUGUUUCCGGGAAAAUUGAAGUCUCGAUGGCCAGGGCCAUUUAUUGUUACAAAAUUAUUUCCUUACGGGGCUUUUGAGAUUGAACAAGGUAAUUCUUUGGUGUUCAAAGUCAAUGGACAACACUUGAAGCAUUACUAUGGUGGUGGAAUUGAAAAGAAUCUGAAUAUUAGACUGGUGGACAGUCAAAGUUGA